AAAAUUUUGGCUCUUCGCCACUCAUCCGAGGAAAAGCAAUUUAUCGAGACUAUAUAUAUAUAGUAUUGAUGAUUUGUUGGUUUGUUCUCUGCUUUCAUUUUCUUAGUUUUGAGAGAUGAUGAAUAGUACUAUCAAAUUUCUAAUAUUUUUCUUGAGUGUUACAGCAGCACAACCACUAAAAGGACAAUACCAAUUGAUUUUUGCAGAUCAAAGGCUUGCUAUAGUAUACCCCAUUAUCCAAAAAUUCAAGAGUAUCAUCUCUGCUGAUCCUCUGGGUGUUACAAAAUCUUGGGUUGGUCCAAACAUAUGUAAUUAUACUGGUUUUUAUUGUGAAAGUCCCCCAGACAACAACUCAGCAAUUGCUCUUGCUUCUAUUGAUUUCAAUGGAUUUCAACUUAGCGCGUCUACGCUUGAUGGCUUCCUCGAUCAGCUUCCAGAUAUAGCCAUUUUUCAUGCUAAUUCCAACAAUUUUGGUGGGACUCUGUCUCCAAAAAUCGCGAAUCUUCCUUAUCUCUAUGAACUUGAUAUUAGUAACAACCAAUUUUUCGGACCAUUUCCUAGUCCAAUUUUGGGCAUGAAUAGCCUAAAUUUAUUGGAUAUAAGAUUCAAUUCUUUCACUGGAUCAGUCCCACCUCAAUUAUUCACUAAAGAUCAAUUAGACGCGCUCUUCAUCAACAACAACAAUUUCAUGCAGAUGCUUCCUGAUAACAUCGCAACCAGCCAUGUUACAUAUCUUACCUUAGCCAACAAUAGAUUUUUCGGUCCUAUCCCACGUAGUAUUUCCAAAAUCUUGUCGAGUUUGUCUGAAAUCUUGCUACUUAACAACUUGUUAAGUGGAUGUCUCCCUUAUGAACUUGGAUUCUUGAACGAAGCAGUAGUUUUCGAUGCUGGCAAUAAUAGACUCACCGGUCCACUUCCGUUUUCAUUAGGGUGCUUGGAAAAUGUCGAAAUUUUGAAUUUUGCGGGAAAUCAGUUGUAUGGGAUAGUGCCUGAUGUGAUUUGUGCCCUGGGGAAUUUGGCCAAUUUAUCCUUGUCCGAUAACUAUUUUACAGGAUUCGGGCCAAUUUGUUUGAGAUUAAUAGAAAAUGGUGUGCUUGAUUUGAGGAAUAAUUGUAUUCCUGGUCUUCCAUUUCAAAGAUCAAUUGCUGAAUGUGUUGCAUUUUUUGCUUACCCAAGGUACUGUCCACACAUGGCUACAUAUACUUAUAUUCCUUGUUGGCUUUCCAAUUUCAAAACACCUCCUUUGGAUCUCUCUCAAUUGGCUCCGUAAAAGGGCAAUCCGGUGCAUAAAGCAUCUAACGUUGGCAGUUCGGGAAAGGCUCCUUAGCAUUUCUGGUAUUGAUCAUAAACAUACAUUUCCCUUCUUCGAGAUAUUUUUGUUUUAAAUUAAGCUUGUAUUUUCCAUUGAACAGAGUGUGAUCAUUCAUGACUUGUAAGUUGUAAUCUCUCUAUUUGGAGUA